CGUGUUUUCGUUUGAACUUAUUUUAUGAAUGACUAUUUUCAUUCCAAAACAUUUCCAUGUUCACUUUUUGCUGGCUUGCACUGAAACAGUCCGAUGCCGUCAUGGGUGGUUAUUAAAGCGACAAUAUUUCACAGUGGAGCGGAGUUUCUCGAAUGCCUGUUAAAAUAUCACAGAGGACUGUGAGAGUUGUACGAUGAGUACUUCUAGUCCGGAAGCUGCACAAUCAUCGUUCUACCUAGUGUUGGCGCCCGUAAGCGCCCAGCAGGAUGGAUCUCGUCCACCGGUACCCAUCACUCCAAGUCCAGAUCCUGUUUGCGCAAGGGGAGGGAUGCGACAGUUUAGGAAGAUUGCUCCUGCCACGGGCAUCGUUAGCCAAAACCCGUUGUUCAUUAAAGAAGCACGACGUCAGGCAGUUGAGCACAGAGUAUCUCGUUCACCCGAUCGGUAUACGAUUAUAAGCUCUUCGGUUCCGCGCUACAUCAACGCAAACCGAUCGUCGAAGGCAGAUGUGCGACCGCGAUCCGAAGAUGCAGUGGAUCAUGUGGCUGCCGGAGACUACGUAUCUAUCGUCUUGAACAAGGAGAACGUGAAAGUGGCUGAGGCUUGCAUUCGGUGUGCAGGUGCUGCUCCAGGAGAGCCUUGUCCGCUGCAUUCCCAUCGCAUCCAGGAUACGGAGGCUUUUCCGUUCGCGUUAGCUACCUUACCCUGUUCGUUGUAUUUUCUGCGUCGGAAUCCUGAGGAAUUACCGAUCGGAGUGUGCACCCGAGAGUCUGUUCCCACCGGAACUGUAUUUGGACCAAUGCAAGGCUCAGUCUGCUCCCUCGUGAAAGAGCAACCGGGACUGUACGGGAUUCCACAUCCCUGUUCUGCCAACGGUUUUAAAUGUUUUCACUUGGAAUCAAUCCAUGGCUGCAACUGGAUGAAAUUCGUUCAGUUGGCAGGCGACGAUCUGGAGCAAAACCUAAUGUCUUACAUCUCGGAUGGAGAAGUGUAUUUCGCUACAACCAGAGAAAUUGCAGCUGAUGCAGAACUGAAGGUCUGGUAUUCCCCAAGCUAUGCCAAACUUCUCUUUCCUCCAGGGGACAUGCCUUUUGAGCAGAGCGAUGAAAUCCGCGAAAGGCAGGACUCUGAUGUUACUACGGAAGCGGAAUCGGCUUUGCCUUCGCCGAUAUCCAUUGGUGAAGAUUCGGUGGCGUUAGGUGCUGCUUCGGUGGUGGAGACAUGUUGUGAUGAAAACACCGAAGAUCUCAAAAUUUCUCAGAAUGAUCCCUUUGCUGUAAUUACUGACAGUACAGUUUUGCAAGUCAUCAGCGAUGAAGAGGAUUUUCCUGAAGUUGGCCGACGGGUCGUACGUAAAGCAAUUCGACGAAUAGAAGCUGUGUUGUCUGUUAAUCCGUUCCAGUAUCCCUUGGGUCCAAGACGAAUGAAAGCAUUUCAAAUAGCGGUGUGCCAGAUUUCUGGUAAGGGUUUGCCGCAGCCGGAUGUAGAAAAGAAAGCCGUACUCCUUCGGAAUAUGCUUCAAAAAUAUUCGAAGUUGUUUCCGUACUGCUUUACUGGUGUUCAUCCGGAUAAUGAUGAUAACGUAUCUCGUAAAUUCUAUUCUGUUAUGGAGAAGUACAUCCAGAUCGCCCAAAACGGACUAACGAAUCGAGAAAAGGUGUUAAUGCGGGUGCCGCCUGAUACGAUUAAUAAGCUGCAGGCCAUAAUAAAAGUUAAUCCAUAUCAAUUUCCUUCGGACACUGAUGAUCACCAAAAAGCCUGGCGGAAAGUUGCUUUAGAAUUUUUGGGGGAAGAAAUAUACUCUGGAAAUAAUUUGGAGAAGACAGCCCACGAUUUGCAGAAGUUUGCUAGGCGACGCUUGGAAGUGGAUGCGAAAAAACUGGAGCAGCAGUAUCCAUCUUCAUGUGAUAUUGUCCGGCAGUACGUAGGCUUGAUGCAUGAGUUAAUGAACUUGACCGGUACUGACAAAACAGCAGACGCACAGUGUGAUUGGUUAACGGGAACCGAGCUAUCAUCUUCCUGCAGUGAUCUGGAUACUCAUGAUAGUCAGACGGCUACGCAGAAUCGCUCAAGCUACAGAUAUAUUCCUACAGUACCGAAACAACGCAAGAGGAAAGCCUCCCCCAAAUCUGAAGAUGAAAUUCGCCCCGCUUCUGCCAAGGAAAAGAAGAGAUCAUCUGAGAAGAAACCGUCGAAGUCAAAAUUUUUUGUCGAUCCUGCAAUAACUGUUAAGUAUCCUUGCACAAUCUGCAAAAUUCACUUCAAAUCGGAAGCGCUGUGGAAACUGCAUACUGAGUUCCAUGAAUCGUCGAAUGUAUCUAUCGAAGAGAACGAUCAGUGCGAGAAAAUUUGCCCAGAAUGUGGAGAGGAGUGCGACAGUUUAACCACUUUGUAUCAGCACGUUGAGAAUCAUGGAGUGAAUUAUUUCGGUAAAGAGCGCUGUCAGAUUUGCCAAAAAUUCAUUGCUGCACAUAUCAUGGAUCGCCACAUUAAAGGAAAUCAUCCCCCCACUGAGGAAACCGGUACCGAAGAAUUCAAGUGUGACGUAUGCGGCAAAGUCUUUUCAUCUGAAAUGAAGCAUCGAGCACAUGUUCAGAUGCAUAAAGUCCGCAAGUGCCUGAUUUGUGCGGAAAUCUUCGAUAGCUGGGUUGAGUUGGGCAAACAUCAUUUGAUUCAUAAAGAAGGCGAUGGUUUCCACUGUCGCAAUUGCGACUUUGUUGCCGCUACGUUCCGACGGCUGACCAAUCAUCACCGCAGGCGGCAUGAUAUCCGCAGUAUUACCAUGUGUAAAGUAUGCGGGGAAAUGUGCAAAAAUAAGGAAACACUGUUUCGGCACAUGCAGAGUCGUCAUAAUUACGCCUGCCGGUUUUCUUUCGAGUGCGAGGUAUGCGGUAUGAAAUUUCGAAAAGCUUCCACUCUCCAGCAUCAUGUUGCCUACAAACAUACUACUGCGCGACGGAAUAAAAUAAUUGAAUCACAAAAAAGGCGUGCGAAGGAGCGUCAAGGCAAAGAUUACGUAGGGCCACGAAAGCGGAUGCUGCUGGAGGAAUUUCCGUUCAAGUGCCCGCACUGCGAAGUCGGAUUUGUUAUAAAAGGAAGAUAUCUCAGACAUGUUAAUAGAUUUCAUCCAGAUGUUCUUUCAUCUGGUUCAUCGUCGGAAAGUUGACGUUUAUGUUAGAUUGAUUUACAUGGAAAGAUUUGGCUUACCGCUACUUAUGUUUGCCAAAAAUUCUUGUUUACCGAUGUGAAGGAAAGUUGCUUUCUGCUACAGUGUUUUAUGAGAUAUAAAUAAAGUUUACGGACAUGUUCUAAAGA